CCCGGUGAAAUGGUCGUUCGACCCCAAAUGGGGUCCCGACCCACAGGUUGAGAACCACUGAUCUAAAAGAAAGGGAAAUCUGUUAUGAUUCACUCAAUUAUGAUUUGAAUUAAGCUUGGUUGGGCUGUUCCUCUUUGGAGUCAAGUCUAACAUGGACAGCUUGGGAGAAAUACACUAGAAAAAAAAGAAAUUUGAAUGAUCUCAUCUGAGAUCCUUGCAUAAAGAGUAGACUGGGCUUCUUUGUAUUUUAUGAGUGGCUCAGUCAGCUUAGAAUAGAUACGAUAUUCCACUUAGUAAAUAGAAACAAACAGUCGGAAAAAGUUUAAUUUGUUUAUAACAAAUUUGUUAUAACACAAUUCUGUGUUAUGCAAUUCUAUUUGUUUAUAACACAAUUCUGAACAACUUUUAGAAAAGGAAAGUCCUGUUUGAGUUAAAAAAAAAUCCUUACAUUUUAUUGAACCUGCUUUCAAGUUCAAUAAUUUGAUUUCAGGAACUUCCUGAACAUGUAGACAUGCACACACUUGUACUAUAAGUAGGUUAAACUUUUGAAGUGGCUUACUCCCAGAUACAGUCAUCAUGAUUUGGCUGCAGCUUCAGUUUGGGAUGGAUGUGAAAAAUUUGGAAACAGGAUUGGCAAAAACAAAACUGGUCACCAAGCCUCAGUUAUUUCACUUUUCAUGCCAGCCUAUCUCCUUAUGAAACUGAACAAUAAAUAUUCUGCCCUGGAUAGCAGGUCCCACAUUCAUGGGUCCAAGUAAAAAAGUGGAUUUGAAAAUCAUUAUCAUUGGAGCCUUGGGUGUAGGAAAAACGUCUCUCCUACAUCAGUAUAUUCACAAGAGAUUUUAUGAAGACUAUCGCACCACCCUGGGAGCUAGUAUUUUGUCCAAAGUUAUGGAAGUAGAUCACACACCACUGAAAUUGCAGAUUUGGGACACUGGAGGCCAGGAACGAUUCCGGUCCAUUGUGUCCACAUUCUACAAAGGUUCAGAUGGUUGCAUGCUGGCUUUUGAUGUCACAGAUAUGGAUUCUUUUGAGUCCUUGGAUGUUUGGAGGAAUGAUUUUCUUCAGAAAGUCAACUCUACAGAGCAAGGCUUCCCAAUGAUUGUGCUGGGGAAUAAAAUUGACCUGGAAGAUCGACAAGUGUCCAAGGAGAUGGCUUCAUCCUGGUGCAAGGAGAAGGAUAUAGCAUAUUUUGAAGUUAGUGCCAAAAAUGAUAUUAAUGUGGUGCAGGCUUUUGAGACCCUGACAAGGCAAGCCCUAUCAAGAUAUCAAGGGAUGAUUGAGAGUUACCUAACCGAAUCUAUAAAGCUAAGUCCAGAAGAUCAGCCCACAACCAGAUGUUGCUGACAUCUUGUUUGGAAUGAUUGACAUUUGGAUACAGUUUGAAAGCUGGCAUGUGGAACAGCUGCUGCUACUGGGGAAUGCUGCUCAUCAGGCUGAAAGAUGAACUAAUAUAACAAUAUUGCCCUCUGGCAUCCCAGCAAAGAUGGAACAGAGUGCUCGUGAACACACAGACAUUUAGAAAUCAACAUCAAGUAUUGGGAAAAUAUUUACCAAGAUGAAAGAUUUAUGUCCUUACUGUAUCAGUCAGACCCUUCUCAGAUGCCAUUUUGAAGUUCAGAUUUAUGUUCCAGAACACUUCAUGGAAUGAUCUGAUCUCAUAUUGAAACUCAUUCCUAGUUUUUGUCAUGUUCUUUUGGUAAAACUAUAGUAGAUAAUAUCUGGAUCAUCUUGGAAAGGCCUGGUGUUUUCUAGAUGUGGCUUAAUUCCCAGAUGACACAUCUGAAGGUGCUAGAGUGGGUUGGGGAAAGUAGAUCUACAUAAUUCAGGAACUGCUACUUAAUAUACAUAUGUAGUACCAUAGGUAUAUGUCUUAUUUUAUUCCCACAACUGUUAUGUGAGGUAUGUUGAGUUGAGAAAGAGUAACUUGCUCAAAACCAUCCAGUGUACUUCCAUUGUAAAGAGUUGACUAGAAUCUGAGUUUUGCAUAGUCUGGGUCCAACAUUCAACCCCUAGAUCACCCUAGUUACAGCUCGAUUUCCCCUCUCAGUUCCUGCUCUUGAAAAUGCAAUGUUAAUCUAAGAAUAUUGAUUUUACAACAGAAAUGCAAAACUUUUUAAUAUUUGUUUAUUAAUAUUGUACAGAAUUGGAAACUAAUAUCACAUAGGUAUAUGAUUCUUUUUGUAUAGAAACGAGGGUCAAAAAAUACUGUAAAACUAUAAAUAUAGAUUCCAUUUUCAGGGUGCUUCUAUUUUGUAGAAGGUUAGUGCUUACUUAAGCAGGUUUACAGAGAAUUUUUUUAAAAAUACUAAAGAAAAAUGAAAUAUUGGAAAAGGGAAUAUAAUAGAAUCAAUUUCUACAUGGAAAUGUAUAGCAGACAUUUGAAAAAGGGAUUUCUUUUUAAAAAACAUUGGAUAUAUAGUUCUUUCUUACCAUUGUUCAAAGAUCCUGUUUUUUACUGAAAAGAGUUUCAGAUGUGAAUUGUAUUUAUAUGCCAUAGAUUGAAGCCAUUUUCAGAAAAGAUGUUCUCACAUUGAAUCUGUAUGGAAAUUGGAAGCAUAAUCAGGCCAAUUAUUGUCGUGCCAGCCUGCUGUCCGCUUCUUUGUUGGAUAUACUUACAAGAAGGAAGAACUUAGGUACUGGAGAAAAAUACUUUCUUCCUGUAAUAGUUAAUGAUGCAUAAGUAUGGAUCAAGUAAACUAGAACACAAGAGAUAUAGAUCAGGUCAAGACUAGCUGGUGCAAGCAUCUGUUCUUUGCUCAUAUAUUGAUUGAAUGUGUCACCUUCUUUUAAACUAAAAAAAAAGGCUGGACUAAUAUUGAAAAUAUACAGCUCAGCCAGUGCAGACAACAACUGUAAUAAAAUGUUAAGUUUAUAAAUAUUUUUAUUGAUUUCCAUCUUGUAAAAGGACCACAUAGAGCCUGAACUGAUAUCUCAUUGCAAGCUAGAAUGAAUUGGACAGGGAAAUACGAUCUCGUGAAUCUGUUCUGUAAAUAUUUUGUUGACUGUACUACUUGAGCACCUUGGAAUUCAGGUUUGGCUGGUGAGGGAGGACACAGCCAAAUUCAUUUUUGGACAUUGUGCUGCCAACUCAAUUAAAAUUGAAUUUAAUAAUAA